AUGGUGGAAGGAGGGAAGUCGGAAAUCGGAAGGACAGAUGCCGGGCCAGGCGGACACAGGUACAUGAUCACCAGCCUGGACCGCACCCAUGCUGGCUUCUACCGCUGCAUCGUGCGCAACCGGAUGGGUGCCCUGCUGCAGAGGCAAACCGAGGUGCAGGUGGCCUACAUGGGGAGCUUUGAGGAGGGCGAGAAGCGCCAGAGCGUCUCCCACGGAGAAGCCGCCGUCAUCCGCGCCCCCCGCAUCGCCAGCUUCCCACGGCCACAGGUGACCUGGUUCCGGGACGGCCGCAAGAUCCCGCCCAGCAGCCGCAUAGCCAUCACCCUGGAGAACACCCUGGUCAUCCUGUCCACGGUGGCUCCGGACGCCGGCCGCUACUACGUGCAGGCUGUGAACGACAAGAAUGGGGACAACAAGACCAGCCAGCCCAUCACUCUCGCCGUGGAGAAUGUAGGGGGGCCUGCAGACCCCAUCGCCCCAACCAUCAUCAUUCCUCCCAAGAACACCAGCGUGGUGGCCGGGACCUCGGAGGUGACCAUGGAGUGCGUGGCCAACGCCAGGCCCCUGAUCAAGCUGCACAUCCUUUGGAAGAAGGAUGGGGUGCUGCUGUCAGGCGGUAUCAGCGACUACAACCGCCGGCUCACCAUCCCCAACCCCACGGGCAGCGACGCUGGCUUCUACGAGUGCGAGGCCGUGCUCCGCAGCAGCAGCGUCCCCUCCGUUGUCCGUGGAGCCUACCUGUCUGUGCUGGAACCACCUCAGUUUGUCAAGGAGCCAGAGAGACACAUCACAGCAGAGAUGGAGAAAGUGGUGGACAUUCCCUGUCGAGCCAAAGGUGUGCCCCCGCCCUCCAUCACCUGGUACAAGGACGCAGCCGUGGUGGAGGUGGCGAGGCUCAACCGCUUCCGGCAGCGCGGGGACGGGGGCCUGCAGAUCAGCGGGCUGGUGCCCGACGACACGGGCAUGUUCCAGUGCUUCGCCCGCAACUCCGCCGGCGAGGUGCAGACGUCCACCUACCUGGCCGUCACCAGCAUCGCCCCCAACAUCACCAGGGGCCCCCUGGACAGCACAGUGAUUGACGGCAUGUCCGUGGUGCUGGCCUGUGAGACGUCGGGGGCCCCGCGGCCGGCCAUCACCUGGCAGAAAGGGGAGCGCAUCCUGGCCAGCGGCUCCGUCCAGCUGCCUCGCUUCACGCUCCUGGAGUCGGGCAGCCUGCUCGUCAGCCCCGCGCGCAUCUCGGACGCCGGGACCUACACCUGCCUGGCCACCAACUCUCGGGGGGUGGACGAAGCCUCUGCGGACCUGGUCGUGUGGGCCCGGACCCGCAUCACCAGGCCGCCCCAGGACCAGAGUGUCAUCAAGGGCACCCAGGCCUCCAUGGUGUGCGGCGUGGCCCACGACCCCCGGGUGACCAUCAGGUACGUGUGGGAGAAGGACGGGGCCGCCCUGGGCGUGGAGAACAACCCCCGUGUCCGCCUGGACAAGAACGGCUCCCUGCACAUCACCCAGACGUGGUCGGGGGACAUCGGCACCUACACCUGCCGGGUGCUCUCCGCUGGAGGCAACGACUCGCGCAGCGCCCACCUGCGGGUCAGGCAGCUGCCUCACGCGCCCGAGCACCCAGUGGCCACACUGAGCACCUCCGAGAGGCGGGCCAUCAACCUGACCUGGGCCAAGCCCUUCGACGGCAACAGCCCCCUGAUCCGCUACGUCCUGGAGAUGUCGGAGAACAACGCCCCCUGGGCCGUGCUCCUGGCCAGUGUGGACCCCGAGGCUACCUCGGUGGUGGUCAAGGGCUUGGUCCCCGCACGCUCCUACCAGUUCCGCCUCUGCGCCGUCAACGACGUGGGGAAAGGCCAGUUCAGCAAGGACACGGAGAGGGUCUCGCUCCCCGAGGAGCCCCCCACCGCCCCUCCGCAGAACGUCAUCGCCAGCGGCCGGACCAACCAGUCCAUCAUGAUCCAGUGGCAGCCGCCCCCGGAGAACCACCAGAACGGCCUCCUCAAGGGCUACAUCAUCAGGUACUGCCUGGCCGGGCUGCCUGUCGGGUACCAGUUCAAGAACAUCACAGAUGCUGACGUCAACAACCUGCUGCUGGAGGACCUCAUCAUCUGGACCAACUACGAGAUCGAGGUGGCCGCCUACAACAGCGCCGGGCUGGGCGUCUACAGUGGCAAAGUCACCGAGUGGACGCUGCAGGGAGUCCCCACGGUCCCUCCGGGCAACGUGCACGCGGAAGCCACCAAUUCCACGACCAUCCGCUUCACCUGGAACGCCCCCAGCCCCCAGUUCAUCAACGGCAUCAACCAGGGCUACAAGCUGAUCGCCUGGGAGCCGGAGCAGGAAGAGGAGGUUACCAUGGUGACUGCCCGACCCAACUUUCAAGACAGCAUCCACGUGGGCUUCGUGUCGGGCCUGAAGAAGUUCACGGAGUACUUCACGUCCGUACUGUGCUUCACCACCCCCGGGGACGGGCCCCGCAGCAGCCCGCAGCUGGUGCGCACCCUGGGGGGUACAGUGCCUGGGCCUGUGGGGCACCUGAGCUUCAGUGACAUCCUGGACACCUCGCUGAAGGUCAGCUGGCAAGAGCCGGGGGAGAAGAACGGCAUCCUCACAGGGUACCGGAUCUCCUGGGAGGAGUAUAACCGCACCAACACACGCGUGACACACUACCUGCCCAACGUGACCCUGGAAUACCGCGUGACGGGCCUCACCGCGCUCACCACCUACACCAUCGAGGUGGCCGCCAUGACCGCCAAGGGCCAGGGCCAGGUGUCUGCCUCCACCAUCUCCUCCGGGGUGCCUCCAGAACUCCCAGGCGCCCCCACCAACCUGGGCAUUUCCAACAUCGGCCCCCGCUCCGUGACCUUGCAGUUCAAGCCUGGCUACGACGGGAAAACCUCCAUCUCCCGCUGGCUGGUGGAGGCCCAGGUGGGCGUGGUCGGGGAGGGAGAGGAGUGGCUGCUGGUUCACCAGCUCGCCAACGAGCCCGACGCCCGCUCCAUGGAGGUGCCCGACCUCAACCCCUUCACCCACUACAGCUUCCGCAUGCGCCAGGUGAACAUCGUGGGCACCAGCCCUCCCAGCCAGCCUUCUAGAAAGAUCCAGACCCUCCAGGCGCCCCCCGACAUGGCCCCGGCCAACGUGACGCUGCGCACGGCCAGUGAGACCAGCCUGUGGCUCCGCUGGACGGUGGGCGUGGUCGGGGAGGGAGAGGAGUGGCUGCUGGUUCACCAGCUCGCCAACGAGCCCGACGCCCGCUCCAUGGAGGUGCCCGACCUCAACCCCUUCACCCACUACAGCUUCCGCAUGCGCCAGGUGAACAUCGUGGGCACCAGCCCUCCCAGCCAGCCUUCUAGAAAGAUCCAGACCCUCCAGGCGCCCCCCGACAUGGCCCCGGCCAACGUGACGCUGCGCACGGCCAGUGAGACCAGCCUGUGGCUCCGCUGGACGCCCCUCCCGGAGAUGGAAUACAACGGGAACCCCGAGUCGGUGGGCUACAAGAUUAAAUACAGCCGGGCAGACGGCCACGGCAGGGUGCUGAGCCACGUGGUCCUGGACCGUGUGGAGCGGGAGUACACCAUCGAGGACCUGGAGGAGUGGACGGAGUACCGCGUCCAGGUCCAGGCCUUCAACGCCAUGGGGAACGGGCCCUGGAGCCAGAUGGUGAUGGGCAGGACGCGGGAGUCAGGUACUGCCCCCCCCGAGCCAGCCACCCCGUGGCUUCCCAGGAUCUGUGGCCGGGACACCCCCACCUUUGUCUCUCUGCCCUCAGGUCUGCCCAAAGGCACAAACCUGGAGCAGUGGUUCUAUUUAACAUUCCAGAAACACAACCACAUCGAGGACCUGGAGGAGUGGACGGAGUACCGCGUCCAGGUCCAGGCCUUCAACGCCAUCGGGAACGGGCCCUGGAGCCAGAUGGUGAUGGGCAGGACACGGGAGUCAGGGGACUUAGGAGACGGGCUGGCAGGGCAGAGCCAGGCCGCGGCGAGGUCCUCACCCGGCGCUGGGCUCCGGCAGGUGCUGUACAGGGAGAAGGACUCGGACCCCCAGCCCCGGGUCUGGCUGGUGGAAGGGAACUCCUCCCUCAGCGUCCAGCUCACGGGCCUGGGCAAGUACGUGCUCUACGAGGUCCAGGUGCUGGCCUUCACGCGCAUCGGGGACGGCAGCCCCAGCCGCCCCCCGGUCCUGGAGCGGACGCUGGAUGACGUCCCGGGACCACCCAUGGGCAUCCUCUUCCCAGAGGUGAGGACCACGUCGGUGCGGCUGAUCUGGCAGCCCCCCGCUGCCCCCAACGGCAUCAUUCUCGCUUACCAGAUCACACACCGGCUCAACGCCACCACCGCCAACACGGCCUCCGUGGAGGUGCUGGCACCCAGCGCCCGCCAGUACACGGCCACCGGCCUCAAACCCGAGUCGGUCUACCUGUUCCGCAUCACCGCCCAGACCCGCAAGGGCUGGGGCGAGGCCGCUGAGGCCCUGGUGGUGACCACCGAGAAGAGAGGUGACUGCCCAUGGGGCUGGGGAGGCCUGAAGGGCAGCUGA